AUGUCUCGCCAAGCUUCCGCGUCCGACCGCGGCAAGAUGACCAACCCGGACGAGCGCCCGCCGGCUGAUUCCGCGUACGCAAAGGCAAUCCGCGACAUACUGGCGACUCCCAAAGCGCAGAAACCACGCCGUUUCGAUGCCUGGGCAUCUACAGCCAAGGACGCGCAGUCCAAGACGGAGCAGAAAUCGGUUCCCAACGCCCCGCCUGACCAGACGGCCCAGCAGGCAGGCCGGCGCGAUGAAAAGGCCUUCGACCCUGAUAAGACUCCUGCGCGAUUCAAAUUCGACAACACCAUUCGCUGA